AUGGUGUCGCCCUUUCUGGGUUGCGUUGAUGUUCUUACCGGGGAGCCCGCUUGCACGUACUUUACACUCAUUCUCUUUCUCUUUCUCUCAUCCUCUCUCUCUCUCUCUCUCUCUCUCUCUCUUUCAACAGUUCCUUUUGCCUGGCUCAUUGAUACUAUUGACUUGUCGCUUUCUUUUUUUUCCAUCUUUUCCUUCCCUGUCGCUUUUUUUUUUCAUCAUUUUUCUUUCUUUCCUGUCACCACCCUAUCUCAUUCAUCAUUUUCUUUCCACUUCUUAUUUCUUUCUUUCUUUCUUUCUUUCUUUCUUUCUUUCUUUCUUUGCUCUCUUUAUUUAUUUCUUGUUCAUUUCUUUGUUUUCCCUUUCUUUCUUGUUGAUUUAUUAUUCGAUUCUUUCUUUCUUUCUUUCUUUCUUUCGUGUUUUAUCCUCAUGCCUCGCUUUGACUUUCGUCUCGGCCAUUGCUUUCUUUGUUGUAUAACCUUAUUUUAUCUUUCUCUUUCUAUUUCUUUCUUUCUUUCUUUCUUUCUUUCUUUCUUUAUUCUCGCCCCUACUGUCCACUUUCCCAACUCCCGUCCUCAUCCUUUUAUUCAUCCUUCUUUUUUUCCCCACCAGACGUCGCUACCAGCAUUGGAAUAA